GUCGAGCCUCCAUAUUGCAAAGGAUAAGGAAGUCAAGUUCAAGUCUUGAUUUUGGGAUACGUUCGAACCAUCAAAUUCCCGCUUCCGUACCUUAAGCGGUAAAUAACGGUUGAUCAUCGCGCUUAACUCUGUUUCCUCGGAGUCAUCGAUAAAACUGGGUCUCUUAAUUUCUUCCAUUCACCGUGUAAGAGGGCGCAGCUGUUGGUGUAAUUGCCCAUUUUUCAAUUUGGCAUGCACAUCAUACCUUCGGAAAGUCUAUGUCCAAUCGACUAGAGAGAAUUUGCGCCUGCGGUGGUAUAAGUAAUACUAUUUAAUAGCGUCGUUGCAUUUAUAUACAUGGCUCGGAUUGUUUCUGCAGCGUGUCUUAUUUCAUGAAAUUAAUCGAAGUUUCUUGGAACGUGGGAUCACGAUUAAUCUACUAACUUUCACGAAUUAUUCAUACAAUUAUGAGGCGAAAAAGUGAGAGGAACAAGGCCAAGGGCUCCCCGGAGAAGAAAGUAGAGAAGCCAACGAGAAGGACGACUCGUCGAAGAGGUAAAGCAUCGCCGUCUACGUCGCCAGAAAGAGAGAACGUAGAUGAGAAUGUUUCGAGCACUCCAUUUUCGGAUGACGAUAAGGAAUUACGACUUCAAUCUGAACAACAGGGCAACGAUCGUGAAGAGUUGAGAAAGGAUGUUAUAUCCAGUGAGCUUAUCAAGUCUGUACUUGGAGAAGGCGAAGAGGAUAAUGGAUCGGUGUGGAAGGUAGCAAGAGCGGAUGCAUCGCCUGGAGAAAUACAGAAGCUGAAACUCUGUAGACAGCGUAAUAUUUCUGAAGCAUCAGACAGUUCUAUAAGUAAAACUAAAUCACACAAGUGGCCAGAUAGUGAUGAAGGAGGCGCGGAAGAGGCUGACUCAGCCGAUGAGCAAAUAUCGUCUUCUCGAAAGACGACUAUUGGCAAACAGGUUGACGAUCCCUCUUCUUCGCACCCAGGUCAGGACUCCAACGAAGAGGUAAGUGAUUACAAGGAGAACCUGCCUGAAAUCACUUCAGCCAACUUGUCUGAUGAUAAAACAAACAUAGAUCAGCUAGCAGAUUUCAAGGAGAACCUGUCUGAAACUACUGCAACAAAAUUGUCUGAGCCACCAAACAAUGAGGAUAAUAAGUCAUCAAGCCCUUCCACAAAUCUACCUAGUGAUAAUUCUCAUUCGAGUCAAUCGCUAGAUUGCAGGGAAAAUGUUGCAGAACUUACUUCAGGAAAAUUGCUCAAUGAUCAACAAAACGAAGAUUAUCCAGAAAACUCAAGUACACCAGGAUUAAAUUCAAUUAGCAAAAAGUCUCAUCAGCUUAUUGGUUCUAAUGCUAAUCCAAGUAUAAACGAUGAACAUUCUAAUAAAGUAAUUCCUGCGGAUAAGAAUGUUAAAAUAAAUCAAGAAGCAAUUACUGAUGAAUCGACUGCAUCUUGCGGAGAUCGUACUGUAGAGAACGUAAUACCCGUAUCGAAUGAACUUUUGAAACAAGAGAGUACUCUGUUGAAAGAAAAAAAAACGGAGAAUAUAUUAAUUAGUAAUAAAACUGUUGCUACCGAUAAUGUAGAUAUUAAAAGAAAUUCAAGAAAUGAAGAGGAAGAAGAAGAAGGAGAGAUAAGAGAAGAUGUAGAAAAAGAACCAAGUUCUAAAGUUGAUUCAUCAGACACACAAGACACUCAGAUUAAAUAUCGUGAGUCAUCGCAUUCAGAUACUCCCGAAUCAAACGACGAAUCAAAUAAAAUAAAGAAAAAAGGAGCUCAAAAAAAAGAGGUUGAAAAGGAUACUUCUAAAGCAGAGGGAGGUAAAAGAAAAGGCAGGAAAGAAAAGAAAAGUGAGAAACAAAAGACUACAACAACCGAAGUAGACAAGAAUUCGGUAUCUGCUAAUGCAGAAUCAGAAAUUGAGUUAUCCGAAUGCAAUAUAGAGAAAGAUGAUAUUCUUGAAAUCAGUGAAAAAUCGGACGAAUUAAACGUAAACUUAUCUACUUCAAAACCAAUAAAAGUUAGUUUGAAGAGGUCAUUCUCUACUAGAUUAUCAACGGAUUCAGAAACAAAGAAAGAAGAAAAUUUGAACAAAAAACCGAUUUCAAAGGAGUCUAAUCAAAAUAAGGAAAAUCAUGCUGAUAACGAACAACCUGAUCAGAAAAGUUCUACAAAAAGGCGUCGCUGGGGUAUGACAACGUCCACUGACAUUGCACCAGCAUUUUCCAUUUCAACAGACUCUCUAAAGGCUUUGGUACCAGGUGCAAAGCCUCUAUCUGUAAAUGAAGUACGACUUAAUAAAGAUGAGGAUGAUGAAAGAGAAAGUCGAAAAAGUAAAUCUGAAAAUUCUGGAGAUCACAAGUCGAAAUAUGAUACAGUUUCAAAAAUUGAUAUUAACAAAAAGGGAGAUUCAAAAAUUGAUAAUCACAUAACAUCAAGACGAAAGAUAACGGUCGUUAAAGAAACUCCACGUCCGAAAUCACCAAGCCCACCUGAAGCUCAAGCAACAAAUAUUCUAUUAAUAAGAAAUUUGGUACGUCCCUUUACCCUAAAUCAAAUCAAAGAGCUUCUGUCACGUACGGGCACAAUUGUAGAAAAUGGAUUUUGGAUGGAUAGAAUAAAAUCUAAAUGCUUUGUAGAGUAUGCUAACGAAGAUCAAGCUUUCGAAACAAGACAGGCAUUGCAUGGCGUUUCUUGGCCAUUAUCAAACCCAAAGAAACUUAUUGUAGACUAUGCUACAAAGGAAGAUAUGAAUACAACCCGAGAAACUUCGUCGAAAGAUCAACCGGUUGCAAGGAAAGUAGAACCGACACCUUCCGGUGAUGUGUGGAAACGAUUUCAUUGGUCACGCGACGAAGGAAAUAAUGUAGUAAAUAAGAUUACGGUUAUACGCGAAUGGGAUCUGGGUAAAGAAGAUGGACAGAUGCAUGUUAAAGAAAAAGAACGAGAGAAGAAGGAAUUCGAAAAGAAAAAGAGGCAAAGAAGUAGGAGUCCAAUACUUGAAGCUCAUCUUCCAGCGCCAGCGCGAAAAUUUAAGAAGAAAGAAGAAGAACCUCCAACAGCAAAGCUUCUAGACGAUCUUUUCAGAAAAACUAAGGCUAUCCCGUGCAUAUAUUGGCUGCCAUUAACCAAUGAACAGAUUAUUGUAAAAGAAGAAAUGAGGAGACAGCACAUGGCUGAACAUGCGCGCAGAUUGGAAGAAAUGAGACGUGCCGAACGAAAUCGGGACACGCGUCGUCGUCGUAGUCCCAGAAAAUAAUUUUUUAACAGAAUCCAAAGGACAAAACUUUCCUAUCCUCCUCUCUCUUUCUCUCUCUUUUUUUUUUUUUUUUUUUUUUUUUUUUUUUG